GGAGCUAGGUGUAAACAACACUCCGUUGCAAGUGUUAGAAAACAACGGUUUUUGGUGCAGAAUUCCACUCUACGUGCAUAGAAUGAAAAAAAUUGUGGAUGAAUUAUUAAGACAAUACAGCAGGCAUGGCACUUCUUACACUGCUUAGGUUUUGAAGUGUAUUAGGCCCGUUAGCCGCUCAACUGAAGUGUAACUAUAACCUAUAUAAUACCUAUCAAAAUGUCAAAGAAGGUGUCAUAUUUCUACAGCCCGGACGUAGGGAAUUUCCAUUACGGGCCGGGACACCCUAUGAAGCCUCACCGACUCUCUGUCAUUCAUAGUCUUGUUCUGAAUUACAACUUGCACAAGAAAAUGCAACUAUACAGACCAUACAGAGCUAGUGUCCAUGAUAUGUGUCGCUUCCAUUCUGAAGAAUAUAUCGACUUCCUGCAGAGAGUUACUCCGCAAAAUCUCCAACAAUAUACAAAAUAUCUGAGUCAUUUCAAUGUUGGUGAUGAUUGCCCUGUCUUCGAAGGACUGUUUGACUUUUGCUCUAUGUACACUGGUGCCUCAUUAGAGGGGGCUACGAAGCUCAAUCACAACAGUUGUGACAUUGCCAUAAAUUGGUCUGGUGGGUUACACCAUGCCAAAAAGUGUGAAGCCAGUGGGUUUUGUUACGUCAAUGAUAUUGUAAUAGGCAUCCUAGAACUACUCAAGUACCAUCCUCGUGUGCUGUACAUUGAUAUUGAUGUACAUCAUGGAGAUGGCGUGCAAGAAGCAUUUUACCUGACUGAUCGAGUAAUGACAGUAUCUUUCCACAAGUAUGGAAAUUAUUUUUUCCCUGCAACUGGUGAUAUGUAUGAAAUAGGUGCCGAAAGUGGUCGUUACUAUUCUGUAAAUGUUCCGCUGAGAGAGGGCAUUGAUGAUGCAAGUUAUUUUUCGGUAUUCAAGCCAGUGAUAUCAGCCGUGAUGGAAUUUUUUCAACCUACCGCAAUUGUUCUGCAAUGUGGUGCAGAUUCCUUAGGUAAUGAUAGAUUGGGUUGCUUCAGCUUGAGCACAAGAGGCCAUGGAGAAUGUGUGAAGUUUGUGCGGGAUUUGAAUGUUCCAUUACUGACAUUAGGAGGUGGAGGAUAUACACUUCGUAAUGUGGCUCGGUGUUGGACUUAUGAGACUUCAUUACUUGUUGAUGAAGAUAUAAACAAUGAAAUUCCCUAUAAUGAAUAUCUGGAAUACUUUGCUCCUGAUUUUUCAUUGCAUCCUGAGGUUGUAACCCGACAAGACAAUGCUAAUUCAAAGCAAUAUCUAGAAGCAAUAACAAAACAUGUUUUUGACAAUUUGAAAAUGGUACAACAUUCACCCAGUGUACAGAUGCAAGACGUUCCUGGUGAUCUUUUAGCUACACAGGAAAGGGAUGCCAUUAUUAAGGAUGAAGCCGAUCCUGAUGUUAGAAUUAAUCAAAUUGAUGAAGACAAAAUGGUAGAACCUGCAAUGGAGUUUUUUGAUGGGGACAAAGAUCAAGAUAAAGCAGACACCACUCCCAACUCAUGAUCCUUACUGUAAAUUUAAUUUUUAAGUCAAAUUUCAUAAAAUUAGUUAAUGAAAAUUGAAAGUACCUGUCUUAUAAAUACACACUAUAUUUGCCCUUAAAAUCAAGUAAUUUUCAACAGCUGAGCAUCUUCUUUGAUGUGUUUUAUUUAAAGAAGUAUGUCGUAUCUGAAUUUGCCAUUUGUAGAUACUUUUCUACAGUGUGAAAAAAAAAAUAGUUUGAUGCUCAUAAACUGCAUUUUAUUAUUGUACUUAUAUCUCGUGAAGAAUUUCUUAUCAUGAACAGUUAACCUUGCUGGUUAAAUAUGUAAUUUUAUUGUAUUACCUUUUUUUCCUCAAAAUUAUUCAAGUGUAGGUUGCUUAAGGAUGCCUCUGGUCAGGUUAUACUUAAUUUUUUUCUGUUUUCAUAUGGAAAUAUUCCAAAAUAUUUUGUACUCAUCAAAAGAAUACUGUUGUUGCCAACCUUUAAAAAUAAUUUGAGGUAAUUUUAUAUGAUACCUAACUCUGUGGUCAAAGUAACGUGUUAAACAGAACCUGAAAAAUGUCAAAAAGGGUUUAAGAUACAUGUAAGCAUCGUAUUUUGUAACUGUGAUUUUUAAAAUAUACCUAGAUGAAAAUGGAA